CAAUGAAGUAUUCGUCAAUGAGUUAAGCCAGGUACAUAAUCUCCUGGGAACAUUGAACGGAUGAGAGACAACAGCCGGAUUGUCACAAGGCAUGAACUUGGUCUUCAAUCGCCAGCAUAUGGUCGCAUAAUCCUAAGACUCGCUGCUGCUAAUCGCAGCGAGUGGCGAGGGAACCUUGGCCUGAAUAUCGGCCCUGGGUCUCCCCUGGUCUCCCAUGCAUGCCGUGCACGCGACAGCCAAGAAUAGUGGGGUACAUCGCCGCCGAGCAGCGAAUUUGUAGUGCGCAAAGAACACAAAGACGGCGAGCAGGACGUGGGACGCGACCAAGACACGGUCGCCGCCGACUCACGGGACCCUUCGGAGCCGACGUCGGGCCGGAAAACCGACCGAUCUGAUCAUAUACACGAGCGCUGAAUGCGGUCAUAGCGGCGGCUACGCUCUUUCUCGCUGUGCUGCUCGUCGUCCAAAUGCGCGUCCUCGCCGUUUGGCCCAGCGCAGGCCGCUGUUUAUACCACCGCGGGACGCGCCCCGUCGCCUCCCUCGCGUUCCUCCAGCGUCCACGCACUCAUUAUGCGUGCACGCGACCUCUCUCGACCACGCCUCCCCCACGCGCGCCAGCAUCCGAGCCGCUCUCCAACUCCACGCCAGCUGGCACGUCGCCAAUCCCACCCCCGCAAUCUCCCCUAACAAAACCGACACCGAACAACAACGCCCUCCUUCUCUUCUGUCUGUCCACCGGCCUCGUCGACAGCCUGACUUUCGCCGUCUCGGGCGUGUGGUGUGCCUUUGUCACGGGCACCACCGUGCAACUCGGAAUGGACCUCCCCGCUCUGCUCGCUGACCUCUGUGCCAACGCGCCCGAUCUCACUUCUGCGUUCACGAUAUUCGCUGCAACGCCCACCUCUGAGCGCCUCGCGGCUCUCUCGGGUUUCCUCUUCGGCGGCUUCACCGGCUCGCGCCUUCCCCAUUUCAUUACGCCCGCUAUCUCCACUGCGGUCCAAUCAGCCCUGCUCGCAGCCGCAGGUGCGGUGAUCCUGUCGCAUCCUGGGGUGGCGCACUUGCCUGACCCACACAUCACCCUGAGUCUGAUCUCGACGAGCAUGUCGCUGCAGGCGGCUUUGGUGCAGCGGUUGAAGACGCCGUACGCUACUAGCGUUGCGUGGACGAGCGUGUGGCUGAGCGCUGUCGCGCCGGGACCGACGACCUCGCAUUGGAAGCGCUUUGCGGGUCUUGCGGCGUUGAUGGCCGGUGGCACCUUCGGGGCGGCUAUUUUGAGGCUCUGGAAGGAGGACGGGGAGGAAGGUGAAAAGGAGGUCUUGCACCGUAUGGGAUGGGGAUUGGUCGCGGCGGGAGCGGUCAAGGGAUUCAUCUCACUGAUGUUGCGGAGAAGAGGGAAGAAGGGACUUGUCCAGUUGUGAGGACUUAUGGGCUGCAGACCGUCCUUUGGGCGCGUCGGAAGGACCCGUUGUCCAACUAGACGAGGUAAAGGCUCAAAUAGAGCCACCCAUUUUUUUAUUAUUAUUGCGAAGGUACACAUUGGUGACGUUUGUUGGAGGCUAUCUCACGCGGGCCAUACAACGGGUUGCUUCACUUGAAAUCUCGAGCAACA